AUUCUUGAGAAACUAAUAAUGGAAAGAAUGGGCCUUUGCUCUCCACUCUCACUCUCCUUCACCACCUCAAUUCUUCGUUUCUUCUCCAAAAACCGUCGAUCGUAGCUCUCUCGCUCCUUUUCUCUCACUAGAAACUAUAUUCAAUAGUAUAUAUUUAUAUAUAGAACGUGUGUGAAGCUUUUUUAGCGAUGGACGAAAUGUAUGGGAUUCACUCAGCUGGUGAUUUCUACGCAGACAAGGCGCUAAUGUCGCCGGAGAAUCUGAUGAUGGCGGCGGAGUACGGCGGGUACCACUACGAGACUCUGGUUUCCGGCGGCGAUCACCACCGGAUUCCGGGGUUCGAAUCGGAGGAAUUGGGAUUCCAGUGCUCGGCGGUGUCGGAAUCGGCCUCCAUUAACGUUCGCGGCGAAGGGGAUCACGACGAGGAGCAGGCUUCCACCGCGAUCAAAGCUAAAAUUGCCUCUCACCCUUGCUACCCCAAACUGAUCGAUGCGUUCAUCGAUUGCCAGAAGGUCGGAGCACCGCCAGAGAUAGCGUGUUUACUCGACGAAAUCCGGCGAGAAAAAGACGUGUGUAAACACGACGCCGUCUCGAUGUGCUUUGAAGUUGAUCCUGAGCUCGACGAGUUCAUGGUUCUCUCUCUCUCUAAAACUGAAACAUAUUGUGACGUAUUGGUGAAGUACAAGAGGGAUUUGUCGAGGCCUUUUGAUGAGGCCACAUCCUUCCUCAACAAGAUCGAGAACCAACUAGGCAAUCUUUGCAUUGAUGAUGGUGGUUUAUCGUCUGACGAGGAGUUAAGUGGGGGAGAGGCGGAGGCAAACGACCCUCAGAUGAAAACUGAGGAUCGAGAACUCAAAGACAGACUCUUGCGUUUGUAUGGCGAUCACAUUAAUAGCCUUAAGCUAGAAUUCUCGAAGAAGAAGAAGAAAGGAAAGCUUCCGAAGGAGGCUAGGCAGAAGUUACUCGAAUGGUGGACCGUUCACUAUAAAUGGCCUUAUCCCACAACGAUGGCGUGCAGGAAGUAGACAAGGUGACGUUGGCGGAGACGACGGGACUCGACCAGAAACAAAUCAACAACUGGUUCAUAAACCAAAGGAAGAGGCACUGGAAGCCUUCGGAGAAUAUGCAUUUGGCUAUGAUGGAAAAUCUCUCUGGACAUUUAUUCAUGAAUGGAGAUUAACAUUAAUUAUAAAGAAUUUGUAUGUGUUUUCUUCGUCUCUAGACAUUGCUAAAUGCUGCUGAUGAUUUAGCACCCUGUAUAUUUUUAGAAGAAAUUUAUCUGACUUGCUCUAAUAUUUUACUAGUAUCGAAUCAAAUAAUUAUUUUAAAAAAAUGCUGUUGUGAUUGCGUAGGUUUUUUCAUUUUUGAUUUUCCCUUGUUCCUUUGCUUUAGACCCAAUAAUGGGCCUAGUGAUAUUGGGUUAUAAUGGGCCAUCCAAAUAUAUUAUGCAAUGGGCCUAGUUUAUUAUGCAUUGGAUGAUUCUAA